AUGAUCGCUCCUGUAGGCCAACCAGUGCCCGAUACGCCUCAUGCUGUGAGUGUCUCACUGCCGACAUGGAAAGCAAAUGUUGGUUACGAAGAAGGUGAAGACUGGGUGAUCUCGGCCAUGCAGACAGGAUAUCCACGCUUCUUCGUUCAUCUUACUAUCCAGGAAUUGGAAAGGGAAGUGCUCAGUCAGUAUGGCAAGGAGGGCGAACGAGUCACUUUGUUCCCAUCGAGAAGGGCAGCUCGAAGAUGCUACGACUUCUUCCGUGACAAGCGACCGGAGCUGGAUGGAGUGCGCCUUCUUCAUCUAGAGCCAGACGACAGUAAAGGUAAAGCUGUUGGUCCUCAAAAUUCGUCGCAUCACGACUUGUUCAGCAAGGGUCCAAAACGAUAUCAAAGGGGCGCUUCACAGCACAGCUUCAGCUAUCCCGACGAGCUGCCUGCGACGAACGGCGCUAAAACCAACGGACAUGCCGAAUCACAAGACUUUGCACAGUUUGUCGAGGAGCGCUUCGGCAGGAAUCUCAAUGCUCAGUUAGCAACCAAGGCGAAACUUGCCGUCAGGAGAAGGAUUGCUGGCUGUCUGACGACGAACGUUGAGCUCGAAGAUGGCCUUGAAGCCUCAAAUUCCGAUCAAAAACAGGAAGAACAGCAGCUGGAUGUACCAGAAGCAAGGCUGAGAAAUGUAUCUGAGAGCGACGUCUACCUAUAUCCAACUGGCAUGAGCUCUAUCUUUGAAGCGCAUCAAUCGGCUAUGGCAAUCUCUCAAAAGCGAACGGGACAGAGACUACGCAGCAUUUGUUUCGGCUUCCCUUAUAUUGACACACUAAAGGUGCUUGAAAAAUGGGGUCCUGGGGCACUUUUCUAUGGGAAAGGUGUCGAAGAAGAUCUCGAUGACCUCGAAAGACGUCUCGAAAGUGGUGAACGCUUUGCGUCCCUGUUUACAGAAUUCCCAAGCAAUCCUUUACUCAGAUCACCUGACCUUGCACGUAUAAGGCAGCUGGCGGACAAGUACGACUUUGCUGUGGUGAUAGACGAGACCGUGGGCAACUACAUCAACAUUAAUGUCCUACCAUAUGCAGACAUCAUCGUCAGCAGCUUAACGAAAAUUUUCAGUGGUGACAGCAACGUCAUGGGCGGCAGUCUUGUCCUCAAUUCCAAGUCUAAUCUCUACUCAGACUUCAAGCAGCAAUUCGACCAACAGUACGAAGACGAUUACUGGGCGGUCGAUGCGAUAUUCAUGGAACGCAACUCGAGAGAUUAUAUUGGAAGAAUAAUACGGAUCAAUACCAAUGCCGAAAUCAUGACCAACGAGUUGCAAAAAUCGUCCUUGGUGAAAGAGGUCUAUUAUCCAGCUCUUGUGCCGUCUCGAAAAUACUACGAUGCAUGCAAGACUACCGACGGAGGUUAUGGUGGGCUUUUCUCAGUGACUUUCCACAAUCCAGAACACGCUCACCAAUUUUUCGACAACCUGCAAAUACAGAAAGGACCAAGUCUUGGCACGAACUUUACGCUCUCUUGUCCUUUUGUCCUAAUUGCGCACUACAACGAGCUAGACUGGGCCAGAAGUAUGGGUGUAGAUCCAGAUCUGGUGCGCGUAUCAGUUGGUCUAGAGAAUGCGGAGGAGCUCAAGAGAAUCUGCCGUAAUGCUUUGGUUGACAUACAAUAA